UCAUCAUUUAUGCUUUUGGGGUUUGACUAAAAGAAAUUGUUAGGGGGUGGGGUUCUUCUUGAAACCCUAGGGAGUGAACUGUGCUGGACCUUUCGCUCGCCUGCCUUCUCUGCUUCGUCGCGCCUAUUGCAAUUUGCGAGCGAACAUGCAGGCCAGCGAUAGAUUUAACAUCAAUUCCCAGCUUGAGCACCUUCAGGCUAAAUAUGUGGGAACCGGGCAUGCCGACUUAAACAGAUUUGAGUGGGCAGUGAACAUUCAGCGUGAUAGCUAUGCAUCUUAUGUUGGACAUUACCCCAUUCUAGCGUACUUUGCUGUAGCAGAAAAUGAAUCUAUUGGGAGGGAACGCUAUAACUUUAUGCAGAAAAUGUUACUACCCUGCGGCCUUCCUCCAGAAAGAGAAGAUGAUUGAGAUUGUUAUCAUUAAGUAAUUUAAGUUGUAGUUAAGAUUGCGAAUGAUUAGACAUUAUAGGGUUAAUGAAUUUCUUCUUUAUGAACCAACGAUGUGUUUGUAUGGUAGGAAGUGUACGAUUCAUUUUUCCAUGUUCCGGUUAUGUAAGGUUUACGCAUUCCCAGGUACUAUUUCCUCGACCUCGUCCUUUUUGUUAUAAGAACAAGGUCCAUCUCAUUCAUAGUUUAUAAAAUUGUUUGUAAACUAUAAUUACAUAUAA